AUGCGGACUCCGCAGACGAGGGUAUCUGAGAUGCCAUGCCUAGCCCCCGCACUAAUCAACAGAUCAAUCGGUCCCAUCCCAUCCCGUUCCGGCGAUAAUAAUAACGGGAAUCCUCCCCCUGUCCGCGGCGGGAAAAAAAGAGCUCCAGCAUCCGAGAGGCUCUUCGGCGGUAAGAAGGGCUCCUUAAUUCGCUACUAUAAGUCUAACCCCCAACAUCAAGAUCAAGAUCAAUAUCAAUAUCAAAAUGCCCUCAAAUCCAGCGAGAGACAUGAUGCCAACCGAGGAUCGAAAAGCGUAUAUACCCACUUAGUUACCUACGCAAAGCCGGCGCAGAAGCCAGCGGGAUCCAGAUCCAAGUCCAAGUCCAAAUCCAAGUCUCGGCUCUCCAAUUUUUCGCUGAAACGCGUUGGACCAUCCCCGAAGGGACCUUUACCACUUCGCUCCCUAACCGCAUUCAAGACAGAUAGACCGACCUGCUUACCCUUCUCAGCCACCACACCUCCCCCAACCAUCCAAACAUCCGCACCCAGCGCCGAAUCCCGCAACACUCGAGACGUUCGUUAG